AGUUUAUUUGAUAAGGAAUCGCUCCUAUAUAAAGUGUGAGCCCUUUUAUGAAUGAAAUCGCGUUUGGUGUCAUUCCUCAGAGAUGCCGCCUGGUGACAGCGGAGAGCAAAGCGUCCGAGUUGAAUGUCAAAGCCAGCCCUCCGCCACUCAUUGAGAAGCAAGGGACAGAAGUCACGCUGUGUGCGUUGCGUCCCGGACCAUUGAGCGGGUUGUCUCUACUCCAUGAGACUGAGGCGAUGCAGGAAGGUUCGGAUUCCGGGGAAGACUCCCAGAGCGGGGCUUCUGGCGAAGUUUUGCUCUCUGGGGUCUUCUCCCUCGUCCCCGCUCCGAAGACGAACUGUGUCCUGAGUCUCACCCGCAGCGCGGAACUGCUGGUGCGCCGCCUGGACGCUGCUGAGCCAAGCAGCUCGAUCGCCUCGCUAAGCCUCUCGGAUUGCAUCGGCUGCUACGCUUUCCAGAGAAAAGGCGCUUCGCAGCCGGCGGCCGCCUACUUCUCGGUCUUCUGCUACCCCUUCAAGAAAGGUUGGUGGGACUCGGGGGAAUCCCGGCAGAGAGUGGCCAAGACUUUUUGUGUGUUGGCCUCGCAGGAAGCUGAAGAGAACCGGGGGAUUGCCGAGACCUGGGUUAGGAAAAUCAGGGAGCUCUCCGCCCCCUCCUCUCCCACACUAGAAGGAGCAACCUAUGGGUUACUGUCUCGGCCCUGUCAAGUGAUGGUGAUACUGAAUCCACAGAGUGGAUCAGGCCGGGCACUGCAUCUGUUCAAGUCCCAAGUGCAGCCAAUGCUGAUGGAAGCCAAUAUAGGAUUCACCAUAUUUAUAACUGAGAAGCGCAAGCAUGCUUGGGAUCUGGUGAGGGAGGCGAAUAUGUCCAGGUGGGAUGCCUUGGUCGUUAUGGCUGGGGAUGGUUUGCUAUACGAGGUGAUAAAUGGACUGAUGGAGCGUCCUGACUGGGAAUCUGUUAUCCAGAAGCCACUUUGCAUCCUCCCAGGGGGUUCUGGGAAUGCACUGGCUGCUUCUCUCAAUCACUACUACAGCAAGGGCCAGUUCAUCAAGGAGGAGCUGCUCAUGAACUGCACUUACUUCCUCUGCAAAGGCUUGCACGCUCCCAUGGAUCUUGUGUCCCUGCACACAGCCUCAGGCAAACGACUGUUCUCCUUCCUUAGCUUUGGCUGGGGCUUUGUCUCUGACGUGGACAUUGCCAGCGAGCGAUACCGUAAACUAGGCGGUGCCCGCUUCACUGUGGGCACAUUCCAGCUCCUGACAACACUCCAGGUCUACAAAGGCCGCCUCUCCUACCUUCCCAGUGACGAUCAAAGCCCCUCCUCUGACUCUUCGUCCUCUGCAGAGGAACCAAGCAGCCUGUCAGUACAGCAUGCCGCCCAAGUCUCCUUCAGCAGCAAGAAGUCGCUUUACAGUCUUGCUCCGUCUGUCUCUGCACCUUCCAGUGAGAGCUCUGUGCUCGAGGACUCCUUGUUGGUACCCUUUGAGCAACCAGUUCCCAAAUACUGGACUGUAGUGCCCGAGGAGGAGUUUGUUUCUGUUAUUGGCAUCCAACACUCCCACGUGGGGGCAGACUUCAUUUUAGCCCCCAAAGCCAAGCUGUACGAUGAUGCUAUCCACCUCUUCUAUGUGACCGCUGGGGUCUCCAGGCUGGCAAUGGUCAAGUUUUUCAUGGCCAUGGAGAAAGGGACACACCUGGCUCUCAACAACCCCCAUCUCCACUAUGUGCCUGUGAAAGCCUUUCGGCUUGAACCUCUUGUGUGCAAGGGCUCCAUGACGGUGGAUGGAGAAGUGUUGGCAUGUGAGCCGGUGCAAGGUCAAGUGCACAGACGGCUUACCCGUAUUAUCAGCAGCACAUGAAGGAACUGGAGACCUCUGAGGGCAGGGGGAUGUUGGCAAUAAAGGGCUUUGUAGCAUGGGAAGUUGAAGGGAUCCCAAAUACUGCAUCUAUUGAAGAGAUCAACACUGUCUCUACUAGGGAUAAUUCUUGGCUUGCAGAGCAAUUGUUUAAUUACAGUAUGAAUAAUGGGUGAGCCAAUCCUCUGAUAGACUCUCACUUUCUUUCCCAUUUGUAGCAGAAAAUGCAGCUUUGGCCUUCCUGCUCUGCAUUGCCCCAGGGGAGACUCCAAAUUAAAAGUAAAGUCUGCUGUGUCUUUCUGUCCAACAUCAAACCUUUCAAGCACAGCAACUGCAACUGAAGCCAAGAACAGGAUGUCAUCCCAAUGCAGUGGCAACGUGAAUAAAAAUGGCUCAAUCCCAUGCUACUUUUAGGACCAGUAUUAAUCCUCCUGUAAACUUUUUUUAAAAUACACACACACAGCCCACAUACCCCCAAAGUUGUAUGUAAUACCAGAUUAUAUUCUUAUGGAAAGGUGAAAUCAAGAUCUACUUUUUUUGAAAAUUAAAUUUAAAUUCAAAAUGA